UCUUUCAUAAUAUUGGUAACCUCACUGCCACGGUUUCGUUUGAUGAAUUAAUGCCCUCCCUUUUAACAACGUUAACCUAUGGCAUCACUUAUCCUGCUUACUUGUUUUAUGUAUAUAUAGACACUCACAACAUAAGUAUUUAUCCACAAAAAAUUAUUUACUUACCUUCCACUCCAGGUUGGAAAAAAUUUAUAAUCGCCACAUUAUCAAUUUGUUGUUCACUAUUAACUGUUCGUUUAGGUGCAUUUUUGCAAGCUAGAAAAGAUAAUCAUGGCGAUGAUAUUACUGCUGUUUAUUAUUAA